AAUUCAUUUCGCUUUUGCAUUUCAUUUCUCUGCCAUACAAUAAUAAUUAUGUUCGUGAUUCCUCUGUAAAAUGGCACAAACCACGCAUAGAUCACGUUUUUUUAUUGGCAUAGGUUCUGCAAUAUUGUUCUUAGCAAAUUCAACUUUUAUAUGUGGAGUUAUUCAAAAAAAAACGAGUAAAUUGAAUGGAGUUGGAAUUCAAGCAAUUGUGUAUUCUCUUUACAUGAUUGCACCUGGUGUACUAUGCGUUAUUACUGGAUGGAAGAGGAGGCCAGCUUUGUCAGGAGCUACCCUCGCUUUAAAUAUCGUUGCUGUUAUCGCAUCUUCUUCAUGUUUGUAUAUAUCUGCUAAGGAAUGGAAAUCAAUGAACAAUUGUUAUCACAAAUAUUUUAACUACGCUUAUUGUAAACGAGUUGCAAGUGAGAAUCAACAUAUUGUUGUCGGGGCCAUCACAAUUUGCUCGGCUAUCAUGGCAAUUAUGAGUCUUAUUGGAUCAAUUUAUGGAUGCGUCAACACAUGCCCAUGCUGUAGUUCCAAUCAGAGUUACGCACACCUACAUGACGAUUUCUCGGAACCUUUGCCCAUCUUUCAAGUCGAAACAGGUCAACAAGCUCCUAGAGUACCUCCUUACGUUGAGUCAUCCACGUCAUGUGUCGAUUUAGGAAUGACACAGAUUCAAUGAAAUUUGCAUCAAAUUUGUUACACAACUGUAGCAUAGUUACACUAAGUAUCAGUAUGUUUUCUUGCGUUUGCAGCUAAAAAGUCUAAUACGUCGAACUUUUUUUUACAAUUUUCAUCACAAAUAACAUUAAAUAUAACGUAAUAUAACGUGUAAUUAGUCAAAGCAUGUAAAAUCUCAAUGAUUGGGGAACCUAGACAAAUGUUUGCGACUUGUAAAUUUUCCUUUCAAACGUGUGUUUUGCACGGUGAACAACAUUGUCUAGAAAAGUAAUCAAAGGUACUAGUUAUACAGGAUGUAAAAGAAAACUGAACAGUUUGGAAUACAUCCAUAUCGCAAGAUUUGGAAGAAACUUCGUUGGAAAAAGUUGGACUUCCAAUGGUAGAUCAACGUGCAAGAUUUGUAAACACCUUUAAAAUAAUAGUUGGAUUUGUACAUCUGAGAAUAAAAGUUUUAAUAACCA